UACAUGUAUGAAAGAAAUCAAAUUUCAUCUUUGAUCAAACACUUCUUCACUAUGAAGGUCCAUCUCCUCUUAUUUCUCUCACUUCAUCUCCUUCAAACUCCAUUCAUAGCCAUGGGAGAUAGAAGGUUGAUUGAAACCACAUGCAAAGCCACACCCUCAUACAAUUUAUGCAUGUCAACUCUCUUGACAAACCCUAAGAGCUCAAAUGGUGAUAUUAGUGACUUGGGGCUCAUCAUGGUUGGUGCAACCAAGGCUAAGGCGACUCGAGCCAUACAACAAAUCAAGUCUAUUUAUAAGUCUCGUCCAGAGCUGAGACAUGCUCUGAACGAGUGCGCUCAGAUGUAUGUCGCUGUGGUGAGGGCAGAUGUGCCCUCAGCCAUACAAGCGUUGGAUGGUGGUCAACCAAAGUUUGCGGAGGACGGGAUGGCUGACACCGCGGUUGAGGCUCAAGCUUGUGAACGGAGCUUUAGCGACCGCGGUCAGAAGUCACCCUUAACAAAAAUGAAUAAGGAUAUUGAAAAUGUUGCUAACGUUGCUAGAGCUAUUAUUAGGAUGUUAUUAUGAGUUUUGGGUGUGUUUAUGUAUCCCGUUAAAUUUAGUAUGUGUUUUAACGGCAUGAUUAGUAUGUGUUAUAAUGAAACUUGUACUUAGCAUAAAUUAGUUUUUUUUUUAAAUAAAUAAAAAAAGUAGAGCAUACAAGUAUAA